AUGGAUCCCAUGAAUUCUGACUCCGAUUCCUGCAAUGCCCUCGGGUACGAUGAUCCGCUUUUGGACAGUAUUUCCAUUCCUGACUAUGUGAAGAACUAUGUACCGCGCGAAAACGAAUUGAAUACGGUAACCAAAAGUGGACAUCAGAUCCGUUUCAUCUUUUCGAAUGUCCAGUUCACAAAUUUUGAAUUGGAGCAUAUUCGCGCCUUUAAAGUUUUCGCAAUUCAGAAGCUCGAGGGCCCGCAGCUUGAUACCAAUCUGGCUCUUGAGAGUUUUAAAAGGCGCUUCGGAGGCACUGCUUUUGCGGACGAUGGCUACUUGUUGCGCUGCCUGAUCGGAAACAACUACAGGUACCAGGCAGCUUUGGAUGACAUGAAAGAGAACCUACAGUGGCGCAAAUCUACACUACCGAUUCGGCGUCAUGAAGUUGAGGGUGUUUUGUCGCGUGGGAUUAUAUAUGUUCACGGUCGUGACCGCUGUAUGCGCCCUGUAGUGGUUCUUCAGCUCUCCAAUGUGGGCAAGUGCAGCCACGAGUUGGUUUUGCGCUGCAUUUUUUUUAUGCUGGAGCUGACUAUACGCAAGCUGAUGAUCCCGGGUCGCAUAGAACAGUGGAGAGUAAUAGUUGACAUGAAUGGUACCAACUUGCUUGGUAUGCAGGUAACUCUCAUCAAGCAGAUUGCACGCGCAUUAACUGUCAAUUACCGUGGACGUCUUUCGCAGAUGUUUCUUAUUAAUGCGCCUUACAUCAUAUCGGGUCUUUGGGGCCUUGUCAAGAACGUGUUACCGGAGGUCACGCAAGAGAAAAUUCAGAUAAGCUCCGGGAAGAAUACAAAGAAGCUGCUGGAGAACAUGGACGCAUCCCAACUUGAAAAGAAGUUCGGGGGUACAGCCGCGAAUGUGUCUGUGUAUGACAUUCCCGUCAUGCCCGAAAUGUAG